AUGGCAGAAGCCCACCCUCAACUGAGGCAGAACUGCCACCCUGAUUGCAAGGAUGCUGUCAACAUGCACAUCAAGCUGCAGCUCUAUGCCUCCGAUGCCUACCUGUCCACGGCCUUAGACUGCAACUGUGAUGACAUGGCCCUGGGGAACUUAAAGCGCUUCUUCCUGAGGAAGUCACACAAGCAGAGGGCCAGUACCGAGAUGUUCCUGUUCCUGCAGAAUCAGUGGGGUGGCCAAAGUGUGUUCCAUCAGAUUUUGAGACCAGACAGGGACAAUUGGAGUGGUGGCCUGCGGGUCAUGGAAAGUGCCUUCAACCUGGAUAUGACCAUAAACCUAAGCCUCCUGAACCUGCAACAGCUGGCCACUGAAUAG